AUGGCGAACAAAGCAAAAGCUUCGUGGCGCCGACGGCAGCGCCGGAUCCGGAGCUCGCCUGUUAAUGGUACAAGGCUCCUCUCCUAUCGCAUCACUGCUGUGCCUGACCUAUCUGCUGUAGCACCUACCACUCGCAGUAAUGAAAGGCUUCCUGUAAUCAAUGAGGCAGCUUCUGCCACCAAGGUCGGCCAGAAGCCUAAAGCGGGCAAGCCCACCAAGCACUCCGAGGCCAAAAAUAACAAUGAAGACGAAGAUGAGGAAGACGAGGAAGACUUGGAGUCAUCGGGCUCUGAGUUUGCUGUCAAACUGGGGCUUGAUGAAGACGAAGAUGAAGAUGAGGAAGAAGAAGACGAAGAUGAAGAUGAAGGUGAUCUUGAGGAUGAGGAUGAGGAGGGAAGCAGGAGCGCAACCAUAACUACGAAGAGCAAAGACAAGAAGACGAACGGCCGUGCACAGAUGACAACGACAAGCCGUGCCUUGCAAGCCGAACUCGAGCGUCCUCGGUUCAAGACCAACAACUUUCCAACUGGCAAAGGAAGUACUACCACUCGGAAAGAAGGUGCUGUCACCACCAAUACUGCCGGAAAUGUCUCUGAACCCCAGGCCAACGACCAAGAAGCUGCUGCUCUCAGUGAGCAGCCGCCAGAUGCUGAUAUCACUGCGCUGGUCUUGAACGCAAAAGGUCAGUUAAAUCUCAGUAGCCAGCAGCAAUCAGUCACACGCGUCAUGAACCGCUUUCAUGAGGAAUGCAUCGCUGAUGCGGCCUUCAACUGUGGAAUCUAUCCCGUCUCUCUGCGGGUCCCAUCUCAGCUUGACCUUCUCAUUGGGGCUGCGACUAUCGAGGAUGUUCCAGAGAUAGCAGCAAAAGUGAUGGCUGAUCGUGACUAUGCUGCGAAGAUUAUUGCGUCGGGCGAGCAACGCGUUGUGCUCAUAUGCGGCAACCUCAAGGGGCUGUGCAAAUCCAGCGUGCCGAAGGAGUAUGGCCUCACCUCGGACAAGCCUGGUGACCAGACCAGGCCAUGCUUCCAUCGAGUCGGAGCCCUGGUACACGACCUUGGCUACAUCUUCCCUGGCGAUAUCAUGGGCCGCGUUGAUGGCAGUGCUCCAUUCAAGCGUCCGAUCUUCGCCGAGAUCAUUAAAGAGACUUUAUUCUCACCCCGCCGUGGCAAGCCUUCACUUGUAGUUGCUCACUCCGUCCGGUUUGUGUCAUCCAGCACUGAGAAGCCACUCGAGAAGGAAAUUCCCGUACCAAUGCUUGCUCUCGCGAGUGCUGCGAUCCGGCUGACUUUAGAUGACUGGGCAGGUGGUAUCGAGCCAGCGGAGGCCUCGAAAUACACCGCUGCCAAGGCCGAGGAAGAAUACAACAACGUCAUCGAGUUCUUCGACGACCUUCGCAAGAACCGUCCAAGAUUCUACCACCGCAUCCUUCAUCAAGUUUAUGUUGACGUCUGCUCCAGUGGUCUCGCUGCUACUCCGGCAUCCCAAAGAUCAAAGCAGGCCGUGCGUGGGGCGCUUGCGCGUCUCGUCUUUGAUGACUAG